GAAGAAGCAUCAGGAACCAUCGUGUGCUGUCGUUGUUUUCUGAGAGAUAUUUAUUUGUAACGCCCAUGUUAGCUAAGUUGUGACUAGUGUUUAAUAACAGUUCAGUUACAUUAAACGACAAUUAUGUCGAUAUUCACGCCAACGAAUCAAAUACGGCUGACAAAUGUAGCAGUGGUGCGGAUAAAAAAAGGAGGGAAGCGAUUUGAAAUCGCCUGUUACAAGAACAAAGUUAUGAGCUGGCGGUCAGGAGCAGAGAAGGACUUGGAUGAAGUUUUGCAAACACACACUAUUUUCGCCAAUGUGUCCAAGGGUCAGGUGGCAAAGAAGGACGACUUGUCCCACGCAUUUGGAACAGAUGACAUGACAGAAAUCUGCAAACAGAUUUUAGCCAAAGGAGAACUGCAAGUAUCAGACAAGGAAAGACAGAAUCAGCUGGAAACCAUGUUCAGGGACAUUGCCACUAUUGUUGCAGAGAAAUGUGUCAACCCCGAGACCAAGAGGCCAUACACAGUGAGUCUGAUUGAGCGGGCGAUGAAGGACAUCCAUUAUUCCGUCAAAGUCAACAAGAGCACCAAGCAACAGGCUCUGGAGGUGAUCCGACAGCUGAAGGAGUCGAUGCAGAUCCAGAGAGCCCACAUGAGGCUGCGGCUGAUUCUGCCAGCUAAGGAGGGAAAGAGGCUGAAGGAGAAACUGAAACCCCUUCUGACUGUGGUGGAGAGUGAAGACUUUGAUGAGGAGCUGGAAAUAGUGUGUCUGGUGGAUCCAGGCUGCUUCAGGGAGAUGGAUGAGCUGAUUCGCUGCGAGACCAAAGGCAAAGGCUCCCUGGAGGUUCUCAGUCUGAAGGACGUGGAGGAGGGAGAUGAGAAGUUAUAGUCACCCAGUCAUUCAGAACUCUGCACCAGAUCCACACUAACCCAAGCCACUGUGGCACAUAAACCUCAGACCCACCUGAAUGUCUGAUCCUCAUCAUACUAACACCACCAUUACUGUUUUACAUUCUGUCAACAUUUAAAGGGAUUUGCAUAACUAACAUAUUGUCCAUAUGUGCAGUUUACAGACUGAUGUGAUAUGACUUUUGGUUUUUAUCCACAAUGUGCAGUUCUGGAAUUGGCUCCGAGUGCCUGCGUUCAUUAGAUUUUCCAUCCGUACCAACGAGUCACCAGAAGAAUCAGUUCUUCCUGCUGUCAGACUGAGUUUUCACUGUCACUGUCCCAGUUUUUCUACUUAAUUUAAUGAAACCAAUAAAGUAUAUUUUGUCAGAAUAAUUGAAUUUGCACUUAAGCAAAUAAAUAUGAAACAGUUCUGUUCUUCAUUUUUAAUUCUCUAUAACUUACCAACAGCCACAGAGUGAAUCUG